GAAUCUUUAAUCAACAAUCAUCCAUAUCAUUUCAUUCAAAGAAAAAUCUAAAAAUACUCAAAUUAUAAAAUAAAAAGGGGAAAAUCCUAGAAAAUAGUUGUAACUUCAAAGAGAUGUAAAUUCAAGAAUGAUUAAUUCCAAGAACAAUUUAUGGGUUUCAUUUAUUGAGUUUAUGUAAACAACUUUUAUAUUAAGUAUUUUUCCAUGUGAUAUGACAGCAAUGUGUGUUUGAACGUUUUGCAUGCACAUAUUUAAUCUAUUAUUACUCCACUCAAUUUAAUUAUAUAAUUUUUUAUUUCUAGAUUUUUCUAUAUUAUAUAGCAAGUUGAGGGACAAUAAAUAAUUGCGCUAUGAAUAAUUCAAAGUCUCGUACUCAUGCCAAAAAGGAACUAUAUAUGAAUGUGUUCUUCCAAGUACUAAAGUAGUAUAAUACAGCCUGAAACAAUUAAAUGGGUGUUGUCCGAGUCCUCUCUACUGAUACAAUCAAGGCACCAAAAUCCAAUGAUAAGAAAAUCCAUUUAACUCCAUGGGAUCUCCAAUUUCUAUAUACUCCAUCCAACAAAAAAGGUCUUCUUUAUCACCAUCCAUUAGUAGCAAACCAAAUCCAACAUUUGAAAUACUCUCUAUCAUCUGUCCUUGAAUUUUUCCAACCUCUUGCUGGUCGUCUUAAAAUAACGGAACACAGAGACAAUAUUAUCUCGUGUUCUAUUAUUUGCAACAAUGCAGGUGUUCUCUUUAUUCAUGCAGCCGUAGAAAAUAUAUGUGUUGCUGAUAUCUUAGAACCCAUAUACGUUCCUUCAAUUGUUAGUUCAUUUUUCCCUUUUAUCGGAGCUAGUAACUAUGAAGGUACGUCACAACCGUUGUUGGCUGUUCAAGUCACGGAGCUAGUUGAUGGCAUCUUUAUUGGUUGCAAUGUCAACCAUGUGGUUGUUGACGGAAAUUCCUUAUGGCAUUUUAUUAAUUCUUGGUCUGAAAUUUCACGUAGUUCUUGUCAUCGUCAAAUAUCCAAACCCCCAAUAUUGGAACGUUGGUUUCCUAAUGAUAUUCAACAUCCUGUACAAUUUGCUUAUACUAUGGAGUCACAAAAGAAUCACUCUGAUGGGUCGAAUUCUUCACCAUCUGAUAAUGAACUCAAUUUAUCAGAGAGAUUAUUUCAUUUCAAAAAGGAGAAAAUCUUGCAACUAAAAUCAAAAUUCAAUACGCAUAUUGAUAGUACCAUCAAAGUAUCCUCUUUACAAGCACUUUUAACUCAUGUUUGGUCCUCCUUUGUUCGUUCCAAAAAAUUUGAUCCACAAGAAGAAGUUCAUAACAUGUUUUUGAUCGGGGUUGGACCAAGAUUACAUCCACCUUUGCUAGAAGGUUACUUUGGAAACACAAUUAUAACUUGUACAGUUACCAUGAAAGCUGGAGAGUUGUUGAAGGAAGGCGGGGUUUGUGAUGGUGCUUGCGAGAUGAACAAGUUAAUUGCUUCAUACUCUAAUGAGAAGAUAAAGAAUCACUACGAAUCUUGGUUGAAAAAUCCAAAUAUUAUUAGGCUUAAUGACAUAUCGAAUAAUAAUUUCUUAGUCAUAAGUAGUUCUCCACAUUUUGAUGUUUAUGGUAAUGAUUUUGGAUGGGGAAAGCCAGUGGCAGUUCGAUGUUCAAAUAAAGUAAAUGGACUUGUUACAGUGUUUGCUGGAGCAGAAGAAGGUAGUAUUGAUCUUCAACUAUGUCUUCCUUAUAAUGUUUUAGAGAGAAUGGGAAAUGAUCUCCAAUUCAUGAAUGUUGUGUCCAACUGAUACAGAGAUAAGAUAUAUAACUUUCAUGAAUUGAAGUUUUAGAUUUUUUUUUUAAAGUGUGAUUAACGGUGUGUAAAUUUGAUUACUUUUUAUGUACUCGAAGUUGUAUAUUAAUUAGUCUAAGAUAUAUGCUAUUUUUACUUAACUUUGCAUAAAAAAAAAGAGAAUAAGUGGUAUUGCUAUUAAAGUUUCUAUUUUUUAUCUUUUAAAUUAAAAUAAAGUUGAUUAAUUGUGCAAAAUA